AUGGCCACAGUCGUUCCUACUCGCGGCCUGGUGCCGAACGCUUCCCUGCCGGCCAAGGUUCAGCCUAUCCCUCCCAAUCAGACGCUCUACGUAACGAAUCUUCCGUCUUCGAAAAUACAAAAAGCCGAUCUUCGAACUGCGUUAUACCUUCUCUUUUCGACGUACGGACCGGUCUUGGAUGUCGUGGCUCUGAAAACGAUGUCCAUGCGAGGGCAAGCACAUAUUGUCUACCGGGAUGUACAGACAGCUACCCAAGCCAUGAGAUCUUUGGAAGGACAAGCAUUUCUGGGUCGUCAACUCAAAAUUCAAUAUGCCAAGUCGAAGUCGCACUUUGUUUCCAAGCUGGAUGGCACUUUCAAGAUGCCCAACGCGUCCGGCGCCGCAGUGGUUGAACAAACACAACUCCAGCAAAGCAUUUUCAAUGCGCCACCGCCUGGCGUUGUUGUGCCUCCGAAACCUCCUGCUCCGGUUGACCAAGUCAUGAAGGACGCGGGUACGCCGGAAAGCCGCGGCCAGAAGCGGGGACGAGAAGACGAAGACGAAGACGAGGAAAGCGCAAGCGACGUGGCCAUGGAGGAGGAUAGUGAUGAUGAAUGA